AUGUCUGAACUUCCUACUGAUCUUGAGGAUUCGUAUUCCAAGACUUUUAAACCGCAUAAGAAACAUUCGUUUGAUGUCUCCGUGAUAACUGACUUUGUUGCGAAAUAUAAAAAGAUUGUGUUAUUGUUCGUAACAUUUAUAUGUUUGUCAUUGUUCACCAAUGUUCCAUACAUCCCACAUUUCAAACAAUCUGCACCAAAAGUUGUCAUCAUAUUGGCAGCAAAUGAAGGAGGUGGUGUUUUGAAAUGGAAGUCACCUCAAGAAUGGUCCGUUGAAAGAUCUUCAAUUGCCAACAAGAAGAACUAUGCCAAGAUUCAUGGUUAUGGUUUAACUAUCAAGGAUAUGACUAUCAAGAAGAGAUACUCACAUGAAUGGAGAGAAAGUUGGGAGAAAGUUGAUAUUUUGAAACAAACCAUGAGACAAUUCCCAGAUACAGAAUGGUUUUGGUGGUUGGAUUUACACACUUAUAUCAUGGAACCACAAAUUUCUUUGGAGGAACAUUUCCUUAACAAGUUACAGAAUGCUACUUACAGAACCUUGGAUACUUUCAAUCCAUUAAACUUACCUGUUGAUGUUCCUUAUACUGAUUAUGAACAGCCAAUCGAUAUGGUGAUCACCCAAGAUUGUGGUGGCUUUAAUUUGGGUUCUUUUUUGAUCAGAAGAUCAGAUUGGUCCGAAAUGUUAUUAGAUGUUUGGUGGGAUCCAGCAAUGUAUGAACAAAUGCACAUGCAAUGGGAACACAAGGAACAAGAUGCUUUGGAAACAUUGUACUCCACUCAAGCUUGGAUUAGAGAAAGAAUUGGGUUUUUGCCAUUAAGACAUAUAAAUGCUUUCCCACCUGGUGCUUGUUCCGAUAAAGCAGAUGAUCCACAAUACUUCUUUCAAGACCAUGACUUUGUGGUAAACAUGGCUGGUUGUGAAUGGGGUAGAGAUUGUUGGGGAGAAAUGGAGCAUUACAAGGCUUUAUCUAAGAAACUUCACAAGAGAUGGUGGAAGUUCUGGGAGUAA